GGAGGGGGGGGGCACAGGGACCGCCAUGGCGCGGAGCGGGCGGGCGCUGAGCAGGGCGCUGAACGCAGCCCUCGGUGCCACCGUCCCCACGCCGGACACCGCCGCUGCUGUCAGGCACUUGGCUUCUUGUGGAAUUCUGAUGACCAGAAUUUCUCCUUUGCAAGUACCCCUCGUGAGCCACACCUUUUCAAGGUCUUUCUUUGACAUAGCUGCACCACUAGUAAAUAAAAGAAAAGAAUAUUCUGAAAGAAGAAUUAUAGGGUAUUCCAUGCAGGAAAUGUAUGAAGUUGUUGCUCUUGUGGAGAAUUACAAACUAUUUGUUCCCUGGUGUAAGAAGUCAGAGGUGUUAUCGAAGCGCUCCGGGUACUGCAAAGCACGGCUAGAAAUAGGGUUCCCUCCUGUAGUGGAGAAGUAUACAUCACUGGUUACCCUUGUGAGACCACAUUUAGUUAAGGCAUCCUGCACGGAUGGAAAACUCUUCAAUCACUUGGAAACAGUGUGGCGUUUCAGCCCAGGCAUCCCUGGCUACCCAAGGACAUGCACAUUGGAUUUUUCUGUUUCUUUUGAAUUUCGGUCACUUCUGCACUCCAAACUUGCCACACUGUUUUUUGAUGAAGUGGUCAAGCAGAUGGUAGCUGCCUUUCAAAGAAGAGCAUCCAAACUCCAUGGCCCAGAAACCAGCAUUCCUCGGGAGCUGAUGUUCCAUCAAAUCCAUCAAACAUAAAAAGGAAAAUUCAAACCACUUGUGUUACAAACCCUCCAUGGGCACCAGGAGUGCUGUGCUCCUCCUCUGGGGGGCAUCUGUUGCCUACCUGAGCUUCGUGAGCAAGUCCAUGCUGUACAAAACACAACUUUUCAGCCAGAUGCACACAGAACCCUUCAAGCUUCAACCAAGAACAACUUCAGGUGUUCCCAGCAUCAGGCAGUGGGCAGCUCCUGCAAUACAAAGUAUCUCAGGCUGCCCUUCAGUAACUCCACAAAUGGUUUCUGUAAUCACAGGGAAAGUUCUGCACUUAUCUAAGUUUGGGGUUUUUUCAGUAUUGUAACAUAUUAACUGAAGUUUAAAUUAUUAGUUGCAACUGAGCAGCAUCAGCUGGGCCAGCACUGGCCGAGCUCACAUGGUGGCUUUGGGGGGUACAAACAGUUCCUCAGGCAUUGCCUCCCAAGUGCUUUCAAUCCAAAUGAACCACAAGGACCAGGCAGGAGCUUACUGACCAGUAACUGCAGGAGAAAAAACCCAACAGCCUGAAAACUCCUGACUUUUCAGAAAUUAAUUGUAAAUUCUCUAAGCAGCUUGGGCUAUAGCCCCUGGGCUGAGCUGUCAGGGCUCUGGCCACAGAGGAAUUCCUAGAAUAUUUGGCAGGCUACACUUGCAGCCCUGCCUUUUUUUUGGAACUGUUACACAUUGGGUUAGGUCAGGGCAGAUACAUCUCACCCAAGGCAAAGCUGCAAGUUCCAACACAACUUUCAACCAAGUAAUUGUUACCUCUCUAAGAACCAGGUCUGGGAUACACAAGGGGAGCAAGAAACAAAGUGUCUUCCCUUACUGCAGACAAGCACACCCAAGGCCAGUUGUCAUUCACACACAAAACUGAGCCUCAGUUCUUAGGGUUCUUUCAGUACCAUUCCAACACUAAAUACUUUUCAGUAAUUCCAUAAUAAACUCCCUUUCCAGACUCUGAGGGAAUGUGAAAAGGUUUGCAGGGGGUUUAAAUCCUGUCUCUAUGCUGCCGUGGUUACCAGAUAAAUAGAUACCUUGCUGAAAUGAAGCUUCAGGUCAGGUGUUGAAUGUUGUCCUUUCUCCAAAGCAUUCAAUCUCCACAUGCCUCCUUCAGAAGGGUUUCAGACUAUUUAGGUAUUUUCCAGAAAGAGCAAUUGAAAUUCCAGGCGUGCUACCUGUGAAGGAUAAAGGCAGGAAGCUGGGGAAGGUGACAGCUGGAUUGAGAGGUCAGUUCCACAGCACUGAGCUGUAGAGGAGCUUUGUUUGUUGAGACAGUUGGAGAUAAACAGACAAGUUUGGAAACACCUUUGAAGUUGGGAAAGCAAGAGUUUCCAUAAGGCUUUCCACAUGGAUUUUAUUAGCUGCACACAGCAGGUAUCAAACAAAAAUUACAUUUUUGAGGGCAAGGCUGACUUUAGAGCACAGUAAUAGAAAACCAAACCCUGGGAGCCCAUGACUUUACAGCUGGAAGUCUCAAGGCAAGGUGGCAACCACUAACUACAGCUGAACAACAGGAGGAUUUUAAAACCCCACAGCUUCAUCUCAGCAAAGAUGACUUACCUGUUCCAUACCCUCAGGGCACUUUCUCUCCUGGUGUACUCUGUAGGAUGUGUUGGGCCUGUUCCACAAGACAAGCCCUGUGGACAGGGCAAAAUAAAGCUCAGCGCAGGUGCCUUAGUUCCACAGCAUGGUUUAAGUACUUGAAAGAACCACAGUGCCAGUUCAGCUUUGGUAUUUCUUAACAAAAUUCAUCUAUUUGAGAAACAUUCUAAACCAAGGAAUGUUUCCUGGUGGACCUGAGAAACAGGAGGAGGCUGUCAGGGAUCCCCCCUGACUAGGGCUUUGUGUGCAGAUGAAUAAGGUGAUACAUUUCAUAACUUUUGAGCAGUUUGUUUUAUUACAUAAAGGUCACAGAACUGCAUUAUUUGCCUACUUUGUACAUAAUUGUCUAGUCUCACGCACAGUGGCUUCCAAGUUCUUCCUAGUACUGGCAAGCACCAAAGAUAUUCUGUUUCAGAAUUCAAGUGCCUUAAUUAAGUUUCAAUCAGGGCCUUGGUGGAUGGAUCUUGCACCCAGUUUUAUCAGGAAUGUACAAAUGUCUUUAUUCAAAAAAUACAAAAUAAAUUAUCUGUAGGCAU